GAGAUUUAAAAAUAUUCUUUUGGUUUUAACAAUACCCAAGUAUAUUCCUCUCGACUUCUAUCAGUUUCUUUUCAGUUUAACUCCGAUCGCCCGGUGGAAUCCGUCGUCACCAUCGACUUUGCACCACUGGUGAGUUUCUACUUAAUUUUCCAUCUGAUAUUCCGAUUUUCUCCAGUUCCACCCUCCUCACCGUUCUAAUCAUAUGAUAUUAAUUAGCGAUUCGCUGAGAGUAAUGAGCAAAAACUCGGGUUAAUCGCGAAUGAAGAGCUCUUAAUUUCAUUUAAUGUUGGAAUUAAUGAUGUAGUGGUGGACCGAGUAGGACUUUGAGCUUCUAAGUGAAGAAUUAUUAAACACAAUUUGGGAUUUUGUUGCUGCAAAUGUCUUAGUUAUGUUAGAGGCUCUGACUGUUACAAAAAAAAGCCGUUCAGGUGUAGAACUUUGGAAUUUUAAUAAAGGAACCAAUUAAAGAAAUGCUUAUUUUACAUUGACAACUCGAGUGAAAAUGAUUAGUGGGAAUAAUUAGUUCAAACUCUAGGUCAUUCAUUUGACUUUGGGAUUAUAUUUGAAGAAAUUAAUCACGUUGCUGUGGCUAUAUAAAAGGUAGUUAAUUCUGGUAAUAACAAUCCAGAAAUUCGUUUUUAGUUUAUGUAUGAUGUGUUGUAGAUUGUAGAAUGAACAUUCUGCCAUGUGAAAAAUUAGAAAGUAAGAGGCUUGUAAAAAGGAUAUUUGAUUUAUUGUCAUCCAUUAGCAUGAUAUCCCACUGCUUUGUUUUGUCUCCAUUUGUUGUUUCCAACAUAGUUGUUGUUUAUUUCAAGCAUCUUUUUUUUCGGUUUGAAAUUACUGUAAUUAUAAGUUAUUAGCACUUCCACUUACAGCAUUUGUUCACUUUUCGGCAACUGGUGGCUGCUUGAAUUCUGGAACUGAGAGAAUGUAAUCUUUUCAAUUUUGUUCUAUUGAAUCUUAAACCCCUUAAAAAAAAAAAAAGAUUCAUUAGGGAGUUUUUGCAUGCUCCAGGAGAUGAUUCAUGUAAUUUUUAAUUUCUCCUUUGCAGAGUAAAGUUCAUUCAGAUUCACAUUUAGUCAUCGGAUAAUGGAAAGAGAAUAUAAAAUGCUUGACCAUGUUGUUUGAGGUUUUUGAGAAUUCUUGCUUCAUUUAGUUACAUGAUUGUAGUCUGAUCUCCUGAUCUUGGGUUGGCUUAUAUGGGGUACUUUUUUUAGCCUCAUAGACUGUUGAAAUUCUUGUUUUGCUUCGGUCCUUGGUAUCCUUUUUCAUUUGUCAUUUAAAUGCCUGGUAACCUAUUCUUCUACGUUCGCUUUAAAACUAAUUUUUUAAUCAUCCUCUUCUUUCUUUCUUUUCUUUUUCUCUAUAUAUAGGCUGUGGCAUGUGGCUUAUAAUGAAUCAUGUGGGACCCUUUUGACGAUAAUGAACGAUAAAAAUAAGCAUAUUGUGAUUUGUGAGUUUUGGGAAGCAUGAUUUUCAACUUUUAAGUUGGUUGUAGCUUUUCCUUCUUGUGAAUGUUCUAGAGAUGAAUGGAAUGAGAGGAGUCUUGCUCUGUAUGUUAAUAUGGGCAGAAUGGUUGGUGGUUGGUGAAUUAGGUUAAGAUAAAGCUUAAGGGCAGCUGGGUUCAUGCAGCGGCGACAUGUUGGUCCUCCAGGAAAGGCUCUGGCCAUUAAGGCCUAAUGAUGCAGCCUUACCUUAUAUUUCUUUAAGAGUCUGUUGUUGUGACUGGAAACUCCGACCUUGUUUUUUGUGGCAACCACUCUUGUUACUGCACCAAGUCCGCAUUCAUCAUUUAUUACUAAAUUUGCUUAAUAUAUGUAUUUCUUUGAUAUUUUUCCCCCUUUUUUGUAACUUUUUGGAAAUUAUGAUCAUUGGUUUUACAUGUGGAAACAACUUGGGUGGUAAAAUGAAGUUUAUGACUACUCCUUAUCUUACAUCAUUAUACAGAAAUCAAUUCAUUGAGUGUAUGAAAAAUUUUAAUCUCAAAUAUUUGUGGAAACAUAACAACCUGAAGAAAAUGUUGGAUAUUGAAUCUUUUUUCUGCACUUUAAGUUUAUAUGUUGAGGAUUUUGAAUGCUGUUGUCAUUAUUUUUCUUUCUACCAUGAAGCUAUCCAGGUGCCAGGAUUAUGUUUAAGUUUCGACUUUGCGACCUUGGAGGUUAUGCAGUGAUGAAUAUUCUAAAAGUUCCACUUAACUCUUCAUCACCAAGACCACGUUUACCUCUGUGUAAAGGUUUGACAUGCAUGAUUCUGAGGAGGUUUUGUAGUACAAAGGCUGAUAAUGCUUUCAAGAAAGAAAAUGAAGAAAAGCAAAAAAUAUCUGUAACUUUUGUAGAUAAGGACGGAGAGGAGAAGCAUCUUAAGGUUCCAGUAGGAAUGUCAAUGCUGGAGGCUGCCCAUGAAAAUGAUGUGGAUCUGGAAGGAGCAUGUGAAGGAUCUCUUGCCUGUUCAACUUGCCAUGUAAUUGUUAUGGAUACAAAUUAUUACAAUAAACUAGAUGAUCCAACUGACGAGGAGAAUGACAUGUUAGAUCUUGCUUUUGGCCUCACUGAGACAUCGCGACUUGGCUGCCAAAUUAUAGCGAGCCCAGAGAUUGAUGGGAUCCGAUUGGCAAUUCCAGCUGCCACGAGAAAUUUCGCAGUUGACGGGUACAAGCCCAAACCACACUAAAGUUAACUUCAACACCGUGUUAGUAUCAUAUUUGCUCAUCUAGAAUCAGUUUUCUUUGUAACUCAUCACAAACCACAUGGGAAGUUUGCUGGAAAGUCGUUUUGUAGAACUAGAUUAUACCCAUGAGUUUCAAUCUGCCUGGUAAUUGGAAUGGACUAAAAAGAGCAGAGAUAGGCAGGCAUAGGAGUAGUUUCGCUUAGUGCUGAGGGCAUAUUAUUGGAAAGACUAUCAUGAGAUGAAGGGACCAAAAUGUUAUCUGAGGCAUCUUUCUAUCCCCUUUUUAUUUUUUCAUUACUCUUUCGCUCUAUUGGCGUAUUAGUUACCAAUUACAGAAUUACUUCCCUUGACAAAACACAAAUGAUGCUAAUAAAUUUCUCAGAUUGUUGGUUCUGCAAUUCCAGCAGGGGUGACAAAGAGACCAGAUCCUAUGGAGCAUUUCCCUUGCUCUGAGUUUGAGUUUGGUGAAAUAUUGGCAAAACGAAAUGUCAUUGGCAAAAUGAUUUUUAAGAAAUAUGUCACGCCAUCAUCAUUGCAUGAAAACCUGCUUCUAGAUUAACUUGCUUUCUUCCCCCAAGAACACUUCAGCUGUUCUAGAUUAACUUGCUAUCAACUAAAAUUCUG